UGCUACUUGAUUAGCCUUGUUCUUUAGUCAUCAGAAGUUGCAUGAAAUAUUUAUAUCCUCAAGUAUUAUUGUAUUAAUGCAUGAUGCAAAUUAAAAGUGUUCAUAAGACAACUCUAGAUGGAGUCAUCUGUUGAUGAUGUUGUUUCACAGCUGACUUUAAUUGCAGGACUGCAAAACCUGGGCAUGCUAACGGUUCAUUAAAGUAUUCCGUUUUUUUCAGUUUUUCUUGCAUUUAGCUUAAUUCACUUUGUAGUGUUGCAUAUGUGCUAUGAAGUGGUAUCAACCCAGAGAAAUGACAGUAGAUAAUGAAAACAAUAGGAGAAAGAGUAUUUAUGCAGCACGUUUUUUCCCGCACACCCACAAAUUAUAUGGAACACUGGCACUUUAACCCUAGUUAGCACGCUAAUUGCAUUAACAUGCUCGCAAUAGUACACUUCUACCAGAAUAAUUGACAAAGUCAGCUUAAUUCGCGGUGUAAGGAUGCUGGCUUUGAGACCAUGCCAAGACCACUCAGAUCCCAAAUUAGAGACAUUGAUUUUCGAGCACAAAGCACAGUGAAGAGGAACAGACAGAUAAUUAACAACACUCUUUAACCCAGUGUGCAAUUCCAGAAUGUCACACUUUAUCAGCCUCAAACCCAAUGCGAACAGAUAUACUAUAGCUGCUAUAUGAUGUUUACCCUCCAACAUUGUGUAAUAGUACUUUCAAAAUAGAAAAAAGAAAUGGCUACAGCCAUUGAAAUUCUUAUAAUCAAUAUUUUGCAACACAACCCUUCUGAAUAAAUCAAACCAGACUAAGGUGGUUAACUGGUCUCCCAACUGGACCAAGCUGGUUAGUUUUAGAGGGGUUUGGGUCACUUGUCAUCUGGUCUGUCAGCUGGAAGACCAGCUGAAGACCAUCUUGGUCAGGUUAGGAGACCAGCUAAACCAGGUAAGGCUAACAUGCAAACUUAGGCUAAUUUAACCUGUUGUUUUUAGCAGGGAAACACCCAAAUAUAGAUUGGAAUACCCAUGCUAAUUGAAUAAAUAUGAGAGGUUAAUGAAUCGUCACUCUUACUUAGCCAAUUAGCGCAGGUAUUAAGAACGAUACACAACAAUCAGAGUGAUAUGCCAGGGUACAAAGUCCUGCACAACAAACAACGUUUGUUUUAUUGUUAGCAGAAGGAGCUUUGAGCUUCUCAGCAGUCAUUUCUCCUGGUGUGCCCAGACUCAUGUGGUCACCUUUGUGUGUGGUUGUUUUAAUUUGUGUCUCUUCCUUCCAUGUCCUCCUUAUCUAUGUUUUGUCUGAUGACUUUGCGGGAUUGCCACUGGCGGCCUUGAAGGAUGAGGAUGAUGCGGAAACAGGGCUGACGGAUACAGAGAAAGAGGUGGAGCCUAAGGAAGAAGAGAAACUUGGCAAAUUACAGUACUCCUUGGAUUACAAUUUCACAGAGAAUACGCUCAUAGUGGGGAUCAUCCAAGCAGCAGAGCUGCCUGCCAUGGAUAUGGGUGGCACUUCUGACCCCUAUGUAAAGGUCUACCUUCUUCCAGACAAGAAGAAGAAAUUUGAGACCAAGGUCCACCGGAAGACAUUGAAUCCUGUUUUCAAUGAGCAAUUCACCUUUAAGGUUCCCUACAUUGAGCUUGGAGGGAAAACUCUAGUGAUGACGGUAUAUGAUUUUGACCGCUUCUCCAAACAUGACGCCAUUGGAGACGUGAAGGUGCCCAUGAACAAGGUUGACUUUAGUCAUGUGACUGAAGAGUGGAGGGACCUCCAGAGCGCUGAGAAAGAAGAGCAAGAGAAGCUGGGUGACAUCUGUUUCUCUCUGCGGUAUGUGCCCACUGCUGGCAAACUGACCGUGGUCAUUCUGGAGGCCAAGAACCUGAAGAAGAUGGAUGUCGGUGGCCUUUCAGAUCCCUACGUCAAGAUUCACCUGAUGCAGAACGGCAAGCGGCUGAAGAAGAAGAAGACGACAAUCAAAAAGAACACCCUUAAUCCUUACUACAAUGAAUCUUUCAGUUUCGAAGUGCCAUUCGAACAAAUCCAGAAAGUUCAAGUUGUUAUAACUGUUCUGGACUAUGACAAGAUUGGAAAGAACGAUGCCAUCGGCAAAGUGUUUGUGGGCUUGAACAGCACAGGCACCGAGAUCCGUCACUGGUCAGAUAUGCUGGCCAACCCGAGGAGACCCAUCGCUCAGUGGCACGUGCUCAAGCCGGAGGAGGAAGUAGAUGCCCUGCUGGCAGCUCAGAAAAAAUAGAGCAGCCCGAGCCCAACCAGCCCUUCCCCCCUUCCCACAAACCUGCCCGUGUAGUGCUCUUUACCCAGUGCGUGUAAAUACCUCAGUGAUAUAAGGAUUCAUGCACCCUCACUCCUAAUUUCGUGUCUAAGAAAACCGCCUUCUUGAGAUGUUGUGUUGUUACGUCGGUUUCGACCCCUCGCCCCCUUCCUUCCUUCCGUCGAUAAACUCUCUCUGUCCUUUGUUGUUUCAUCUCCAUCCACGACCUUAAAAGUCCCCAACCAAAUGCCCCCUUCUUUUAAGCAAUAUGAUCUGUAUAGAUAGAGCAUGACUGGAGGAAUUUAUUGUACCACAGGUGUAUAUAUCAGUAUGCAGACGAAAAUGAUUUCUAGUUUAUGUGUUUGUAUGUUGUUACCCGUUUCCUAAACUGUGUAUAUCUUGAUGUUUUUAAUAAGAUGUUCUAUUUUAAAUUAUGUAAAUGCUGACAUAAAAGAGCCAAUAUUAUAUAUAACGGGAUUUAAGAAUUUUACCUUAUUGCAUUCCACUAAAUUAUACGAUAUAUCUCUAAUAUAAAUAUUUACGAGUUAAAGAUUUCCAACCUGCAAAACGCUAGUGGAGGUACACUCACUUCGUAAAGGACGGUUUGCGCUUCAUGUUUACAUUAAAAAAAGCUUACACGAUAAACACACACACUGAACACGAAGGCCAUUAACUAAUAUGGUUUCAUGGUAUAAAUAUAAUAUGCUGCUGACAAUUAUACAAGCACAUGAUUUCGUAAGAACUUUUUGUACUAAUUUAUCAAACUGAGGACCUGUAUGCUUCGCAUAAACCACUUUAAUCGAAGGAAUUCUUCUUACUUGAAGAAGACCAAUCAGCCUUUUCUUUUGAUUUCUCAUACAGUAAUGCUGUUAAGUUUUAUUAAAACGGGUCCCCGGGUUGCUUCUUUCUUGUUUUCUGUCCUUCGAUUCCCAAAUCCUCUCGAAUCCAAUUUGGCAUCUUCGCGUAAAUUGACCAUUUAUAGGACAGUCUCAAGCUGUAGCCAUUGUGUCCUUGAAUUUGUGAAUCACUUCCUUUUCUCGUCGUUGGACUCGUUUCGUUGAGGAAUUUACAGUUCAGCCUCCAAAAGAAGGAGUUCUGACUAGCUUUAAGACAACUAUUUUUUAGAUUAAGUCAACGUCUGAAUAUUUUUGGUAACUGCAUGAUUUUUUUUUUACGAUCUUUGCUAAAGGCCGGGUAACGGGGGGAUUUAUUUACUCCGGGGCGUCUUUCAAGAGACUCCCUUGCCUUCAAUCAGAAGUAAUCAAACGUUGUGGGACGGAAAGUUUUGAAGCGGUCCCCAACGAGUCGAUAAUGAUGAGGGAAGGAGGAGAGGCGAGCUUUUAAACACUGCCAUUGUUUUCAGGGAGGUACGACUCCUCCCUCCACGCACACGCCACUCGGAUUGUGGUUGUACUGUAGCUUUGGGGAACAAUGUAUUUUGGCUGCAACGGUGCCCUAAACAGCAGUUUUUGCUUUCUGUUGCCUUUUCACAGUGACAAUAGAGUUAGCCAUGCUUAACUGCCAAUCCCUUCCCCCGUGGCUACUGUUUUGCACUGUACAGUCAAGGAACGGACAAUUUCUUGUUGAGAAAAGUCAUUUCGGUCUGUAGCGCAAGAAAGCAAACCGGCCACCAACCGGUUUGGAUACCACGAGCAUUAGCGAAUCUUUAACAAUAACCAUAAAAGUUAAUGGUCUGUACAGGUGAUAAUAUUCUUUACUACGGGUCUAACAAGAGGGCGAGUAGAUGUUUAGUCCAUUAAAUCCAUGAGUUAUCUUGGAGGAACCUCUCGCAUACACUAGAUGCUAGCUUCAGGAGGAGUUUCUAAGUGUUUUCAAUGUUGCUGUGUAGGUGAUAGCCCUGUUACUUAAAAAUAAAAGGAGAAAAAAGCUAUUCGUCAUUCCAUAGGAGUCAUUAGGGAGUGAGUUGUGUAUCACUGUGACUGCAGUGUGUGCUUAGCGUUGUAGUUUUCAGUAGGUAGCCGCCAUCUUGUACUAUAGUGACGUUGUGCUGCCAUCCCCCAUCACACCACGAGAGUACGAAAGAGAGUGAUGAUUUCCAAUAAACGUUACAGAGCGUGCACUUGCGGGUCAGUUCACACAGCAUUUUGUUGAGCACUGUGCAAUACUUGUAUGUUCAUUCCCUAGUGUUUAAACGGGUCGGCAUCUCUCAGUAGGGGACAAAAAAAAAGA